CCUUUGCGGAACAUGCUGCAGAUACAAUGCUUGAAGCAGUUAAGUAUACGGAAGAUAAACAGGAGUUAAACAACCUCAGUUCACUUGAAUGCUGUGUCGAUGGAAGUAUGAUUUGGGAUGUUGUUGUCGGCCAAUCUUUCAGAGAUAAAAAUGAAGUGAUCAAGCUGCUCAACCACCAUGCAAUAACAAACCAAUAUCAGUUCAAAGUGGAGAAGUCUUGUCCAAAGCAAUACUACGUGAAGUGCAUAUGUACGGAUUGCAAAUGGUACGUUAAAGCGUCAAGGGUAGAAAAUUCCAACAUUUUCAAGAUUCGGGGUGUUGGGGGCGACCAUUCAUGUCCAUUUGAGAUACGUACAAGUGGUCAACGACAGGCUACAUCCAACAUUGUAAGUGGGUUUAUUCGAUCGAGAUUCACAAAUUUGAAGACAACUUAUGUUCCAGGGGACAUAAUACACGACAUGCAAGUUCAACAUGGAAUAGAGUUGUCUUACCAGAAGGCAUGGCGGUCAAAAAGAAAAGCUAUGGACGAAGUGCGAGGUAAUCCAGACAUGUCUUAUGGUAAAAUAAACGAGUACUUGCAAAAAGUUUGUGAAUCGAAUCCAAAUAGUGUUGUGAAAUUGUCUGCCACCUCGGACCAGCACUUCAUGUACGUAUUCAUGUGUCUUAAUGCUUCAAUUAAAGGUUGGAAUCAUUGUAGACCUAUUAUUGUUGUCGAUGGGACUUUUCUUAGUUCGACUUAUGGAGGGAUAUUGCUUACAGCAUGUUGUCAAGAUGCCAACUCCCAUAUACUUCCAUUGGCAUUCUGUAUUGUUGAUUCUGAGAAUAAUGAUUCGUACACAUGGUUCUUUACAAAGUUGAGGGAAGUACUGACUGUCCGGGAAGGUUUAUGCAUUGUCUCUGAUAGACAUGGAAGUAUAAAACAUGCAGUUGCAAAG